CGAGAAUAUAGUCAUUUCACAGUGAUGGGUCAUGGAGACGAGGAUAGUGAAAUUGUUAAAUUGAAUAGUCAAAAAAUUGCAGAUGUUCCAGAACCAUCUGGACGUCAAUUUGAUAAAAAGACUUUGGCUCAACUUCGCUAUGAAUUCGACAGGUCCAUAAAACUUGAUGAGACGUCCGGUGACAUCAUCAUUGAUUUAAGUCCAUUUUUCAAGGUUUGUUAUUCGGAUGAAUACAAAAGAGAAAUGACAGUGUUGAAAAGAAUUACAAAAUGUAAAAAAUUGCAUGAAUUAUUCGAGCAUCCGAUUCCCAGACUAUUUCUGAAUUUGAAAUGGAACAAAGCGGCAAAAGUUUUUUAUUUAAAUUUGAUGAUUCUGUCUGUGUUCAUUGUCUCAAUGAUUGGCUACAUGAUUUAUUAUCAUUCAAUAGCCAGCGAUGAAUUGAGAGAUAUAAGCGGCGCACUUUCAUUUUGGAAAUGGAUUUGUAAGAUCGUUAUAGUCUAUCUGGUUGCGCGUGAGCUGUGUCAAUUUUAUUUAAACUUUCAAGGUCAUUUGGGCUUGUUAAAUUUAAUGGAAAUAAUCUUAAUUUACUUUGGAGUAGAAGUUUUCUUUUUACCAGAAAAAAUCGAUAUUAAAUCGAGAAAAAUUCGUCACGUCGCUUUAAUAUUGUUAUGCACUUACGAGCUCCUACAUAUCCUUUCCAAAAUACGUCUAGCAUCACUUUCUACCUACAUUGCUAUUUUCAAUCGAGCAAUGAAUACGUUCAUGAAAGUGCUCGUUUUAUAUUCGCUUGUGAUCAUUGCCUUUGCUACUUCGUUCCAUAUAUUGUUCGUAAGAAAUGAUAAGAAGCUUCACGAAGAAGAAUACUUUCACAAUUUUCAAACAUUUCCGAUUGCAUUAUUACGGACAAUUGUGAUGAUGAUUGGUGAGUUUGAUGCCGACGAUCUUAAAUUGAAUUCCAGCACUGGGAUCAUUUUCUUUUUGUUUAUUAUUGUUUGCACAAUAAUUUUGUUGAAUCUUCUCACUGCUCUAACAAUAAGCGACACCCAAGAAAUAAUUAGCGAAGGUAGACUUUUUGAGCGUAUUCAGCGCGUGAAAAUUCUGUAUUUCUACGAAAAAUGCACACGAAAUUUAAUAAAUCGAGAGAAAUUUUUGUUUUUUCGAAUUCCAAAGUGUUUGAAGAAAAUGGAGAGAUCCUUAGGAUUGGAAAUUUAUAGUAGAAUUUUUAACAUUUGGCCUCAAUUAUCGAACAGUGGUACGAUUAUCAUACGAACGGCGAAUAAUAAUCGAAUUCUUGUUCGAGAAUCAAAUGACUUGGAAACGGAAAUACCAAAUCCGAACUUCGUAUUUCAGGCAUUUGUUCCUAAAUUUAUUAAAACUAGCAAAUUGAGCGAAAAUAUUUUUGAAUUUGAAACAGCUUCCGAAGAAAUUAUAGAUGCAAUAAAUGAGAUUAUAGAAAAGGAAUCGGGAGAAUCAAAUAAUGAUGUCAAACUACAACAAAUUUUAGAUGAAAUUAGAGCUUUAAGAGAACAGUUUGGUCAAAUGGGAUUAGAUCAAUGCAUCAAAUGAUGCUUGCAUGUUUUAUUUUGAUGGUCAACAAGAUUAUGUUUAUUGAAAAAAAUUACUUGAACCAUAAUCAAGAUUUUGAAAAAGGAAAUAUUUAUUUAUUUAUCGUUCGAUUAAGUUUAUUUAAAAAAAUGAUUGUAACUUUUUGUUAAUGGGAACCGGAACAGUAGCAAAUAAAGAAACCAAAUUUUGCAAGCUGUACAAGCUUCUU